AUGGACAAGCGGCUUUCAGACACCACCACCACCCCGCCGCUGUCUCAGACCCCUCCAGUUCCCAGGCCCUCCCCCAUAUCAGCUGAGCUGGUGUCUGGGGAAUUGGCAGAGACCUGCCCGAGUUCCUUCCUCCUUGCAAGGAGAGGGAAGACCUUAGGCUGGCCCCAAGAGCCCCCCGGCGGUGGGGAGAGGGUCUUUUUCGCGCCCUGUGGGAGUAGGAAUUCAACCCCCAAGCUGCAAGGCUGCCCCACCACAGGCCACGCCUCCACCCCCGGGGGGGGGCAACCUUUGGAGCCCGGCCUGGAGCUCGCUUUCAGCUCGGGCUCCGCAGCGCCCCCCUCUGCUGAGGCAACGAGAUACAGGGCACUUCGAGGGGCUGGGCUGGCAGCACCAGCAGCCCAGGGAAGGCUUCUUCGGUCCUCCUCCCUGCUCAGCCCCAUCUGGCCCGGCCCUGAGUUGCUGAGUCGCAGUUUCCCCCACCCUCCCCUGGGACUACCUCGGGAUUUUGAUGGAUUGCUGCCUCCCCCCCUGAUUAAUGAGCAGGCCUCCAGUGCCCAACUGCCUGUGUCUCGGACCCCGAGGUAUCUGGAGCUGCGCCCUGCUGCUGGGCCUGGAGCGGCCUCUCAAGGCCGCCUCUUCCCUGCCCCGCGAUCCUCGGAAGGCUACGGCGCAGCCGAGACCUGGAAUUGGGCCUUGCCAACUAACUACACUGGGGUCGGGGCUGGAGGGCCGGGGGGGGCCGGGGCUGGCUUGGCUCCCCCUGCCCAGCGCACCAAGAGGAAGCCGUCGAUCAAGGCCGCCAGGGCCAAGAAGAUCUUCGGCUGGGGGGACUUCUAUUUCCGGGUGCACACCCUCAAAUUCUCCCUGCUCGUCACGGGCAAGAUCGUGGACCACGUCAACGGCACUUUCAGCGUUUACUUCCGGCACAAUUCCUCCAGCCUGGGCAACCUGAGCGUCAGCAUAGUGCCUCCGUCAAAGCUCGUAGAGUUCGGGGGGGUGCUGCUUGCCGGCCCGUCGCCUCACCCCCUACAGUCCACUCUGGCCCUGGAGGGAGCCGCCCUCCCGGGCCUCGGGGCUCCCCUGGGAGUGCCUGCGGGGGGAUCGCUGGGCAUGCCGUCGGGGGGAAGCCUGGGAGGGGCCCUCGGGGGAGCGCUGGCAGGGCCCCUAGGGGGGGCCCUGGGGGUCCCCGGGGCUAAGGAGUCGCGGGCCUUCAAUUGCCACGUGGAGUACGAGAAGACGAACCGGGCUCGGAAGCACCGGCCCUGCUUGUACGACCCGUCGCAGGUGUGUUUCACGGAGCACACCCAGAGCCAGGCGGCGUGGCUCUGCGCCAAGCCCUUCAAAGUCAUCUGCAUCUUCGUCUCCUUUCUCAGCUUUGACUACAAACUGGUGCAGAAGGUGUGCCCGGACUACAACUUCCAGAGCGAGCACCCCUACUUCGGCUAACCGCUGCCCCAUUCCCGCCGCCCAGCUGCCCUUGAUUUCCCUCACACCUAACCCUCCCGGAACUAAGCAGCCAGGGCGCCCACCCACCCACGCAUCUCCUACUCCCGCCCCGCUCCCCCACCCCCCGCUGCUUCCUGGGUCAGUAAGGGCAGGAGAGGCCCCGGUGCAUCCCGGGGAGGGCGGAAGGACACUAGGGAGGCCCACCAGAAAGGCCACUGACCCUGCUACUCUCUCCUAAGAUUUCCCCUUCCGCUUUGGAACUGGCUGGGUGCCCGGCAUCCCAGGGACUUCACCGUGCUUCUGUCCUCCUCUAACGCAGCUCCCUUCCCACCAGCCCC